AUUAUGGGCUGGCACGAGGCCGUGUACAAAGCAGGGAGAGAGAAUUCCCUGCGCAAAGCGGGUCUGGGAAACGCUGAGUGCAGAAACGGGGCAAAACAGACAAGGUGGCAGUCGGAUGUGGGAGCAGCUUAUUUUGAACAGAAUCCAUUUUCUGGAGGGAGGCCUUGAGCAUUGGGGCAUGUGCGUGUGUGGUGUUUCUGGAAAACAGAGGGAGGGAGCCCCUCCGCUUUAGGAGACAGGAGGAGUGACUCAACCCCUCAACAGAGGCUCAGUGCUUUCCCAGACCCGGAAGAGGCACCUCCACGUAGAGCUUAGCAGAUGACACGGAAGACGUGUCCCUUGACUUUGGGAAUGAAGAGGAGUUGGCCUUAAGGAAGGCAAAAGUCAGGUAAGGAGGGGUCACAGGGUGCCUCUCCCAGCAGUGCCCCAUGGCCUUCUGCAGCUCCUGUCGGUUUCAUAAACAGACCUGUUUUUUAUGCACGACGCAUGUGCACACAAGUUUCUGAGUUUCUGCUUCACUAAUUGUGGUUGUUUUUUUCUGCUCAGCUGAAUUUGGGGCUUAUUUGCUAGACAGCUUGUUGGAAUUCUUUAUUUUGUAACUGCAUGGCACUGCUGUUCUUAUGGAAGCUACCUAAGUCUUUGGUACCCGCUGGCCACCUUUUUCCACCUCUUCUUCCGUGUGAGCGCCAUCAUGACCUACCUCUUCUGUGACUGGUUCAGCAAAAGCUUCAUCGCCUGCUUCCUCAUCAUCCUCCUCCUCCUCUCCUUUGACUUCUGGUCUGUGAAGAAUGUCACCGGAAGGCUGCUGGUUGGUUUGCGAUGGUGGAAUCAGAUCGACGAGGAUGGGAAGAGCCACUGGGUAUUCGAAGCAAAGAAGGGCUCUUCUGCUGUGCUCCCCCCCACUGAGGUCGAAGCCCGGAUUUUCUGGCUCGGGCUGAUCAUCUGUCCCGUCAUCUGGAUCCUUUUCUUCUUCAGCACCUUGUUCUCUUUGAAGUUGAAAUGGCUGGCACUGGUGGUAACUGGCAUCUGUCUCCAGAUGGCUAACCUUUAUGGCUAUAUCCACUGUAAACUAGGGGGAGCCCCCCAAACCAUCCGCAAAGUCACCCCACGCUUUCCUGCACAGGAGAUCUUCCAGAAGGUGGCCUUGGAAUGUUUGUACAAUCGGGAAAAACGGAUGGGAAUUGACUUGGUCCACGAUCACGUGGAAAGGAAUCUCAUACAGGAGGUUGAUUUGAUCAGGGCGUGCCAAGAGAAGAUGAGAAAGCUUGCAGAAAGAAUCGACCAGCAGAUUAACCUUAACAGAGAUGCUCAACAUGCGCUGGAGAGGGAUCUUGGUGAUAAAAGUUCAGCUCAUUUUAUUGAUGAGAAAUGCUAUAAUUUGAGGAAUACUUCGGACAGCAUCAACUACUACCAUGGAAUUGAGAAAAUCGAUGGGACAGUCUCAGUCCCUGAAACGUGGGCAAAGUUUAGUGAUGACAACAUCCGGUAUUCCCAGAAUGCCCGAGCCAACUCGGCCAUACUCUGCGAGGAAGCGAACCACACCCUGGAAGUCACUUCGGAUGAUAUGUGGAAACAGUGGACCGACAGCAACUUGGCCUUUACCUCUCGCAUAUCAGAAAUUGCAGAUUCCAAGAACCAGCUGCAAGCACAGCUGGCAAAGACUCUUCAAGAAAUCUUCCAGACAGAGAACACCAUCAUGUUACUGGAAAGAGCCAUCAUGGCCAAAGAGUGUCCGUUGAAGGUGGCCCAGACCCGCCUGGAAGCGAGGACCCGGCGGCCAAACAUGGAGCUGUGCCGGGACGUCCCCCAGUUCAAGCUGGUGAAUGAAGUGUUCACAAUCGACGACACCCUCCAGACUCUGAAGUUGCGCUUGCGUGAAGCCCAGGAUACUCUCCAGCUGCUGAUCCUGAACAAGUCGAAAUUGGAGCACGACCUGAUGGUGAAGGCCAACAGCCUGUUUAUCGACAAGGAGAAGUGCAUGGGGAUGCGGAAAACCUUCCCCAGCACGCCUCGCCUGGUCGGCUACACCUGAGGUUGCAACAGCCGCCUUUCGUGCUCCUAUCAAUCUGACAUAAAAGGUUGAAAAUCAUGGGA